GUUUGGUUUAGCUAGUUCAACGUUGCUAAUAAGUACAGUUACUAAAGUUGAUUUAAUAAAUAAGCGAUUAUGUAUCUGCUAAUAUCUGUUAAAAAUUGAUAAUAAACGGUUGAAGUAUUUGGUAAUAACUAAUAAGUGUUGAUAAACAUUUUCUUAUGUUAAAGGAAGUACAGAUUAAUUUAUGAAUUAACUUUUAGCUUAAAAUUGAUUAGAUGAUAUUAUUUAUAAUAAAUUUAUUAAGUAUUAUUUUAUUCAACAAUAAAUAUUACAUCCACAUUUUUCAUUACAAACACAAUACAACGAAAAAUAGAUAAUUGAGUUCAUAUUUGGAUAUAAACAUCCAGUAAUAGAAGUUUGAACGCUGCAAAAUAGUAACUAGGUUUCCAAAGAGAUGAAGAAAGUUGAUUAACAAAACAAAGAAUUUUCCAACUCAAGUCAAUCCGAUGAAUUAUGACUGUGAAGAGGUUUCUAUUGCUCUUGAUUAGGGCAGACAGAUGUUGCUGAGAGAGGAGUCCUAAAAAGAUGACGAGGUGAAGUCAAGGCUAGGUGUUUUAAGUAGUUCGGAGAUUAUAAGUACUCAUAUUAAGGUUAAUAUAAUAAAAAAAAUUAUUAAAUUAAAAAUGCUUGUUAGCUGAAAAUUUAAAAAUGGAAGGUGAUUAAUUAUGAUUUUUAAAUGAUUUUAGCUUAUAAAUAUUUGACGUAUUUAUAAACCGUGUAGAUAAAUCAAAAGAUAUUUACUUAUAAAUUAAUUUGACCAAUUUUAAAUUUAGUUAAAUAGGAAGAAAAAAACGAAAUACUAGUAGUUAAUAAAGAAUAAAGUAAACGGAGCCCCAGAUUAGCCAUAAAGUUGGUGACACAACAACUCAACAAGGAGUACAUAACCGUCGUUUCGUCCCGUAUCUAUCCACUUAACUCAAUUUUCUUGCAUUCACAGUUAGUAGUAAAUUGAAAAACUAAAUUCUACAUCCAUAUCCAUAUCAAUCAAUUUAUCCAUUUGCUCUACCCCGCAAAAAAAAAAGAUAUCCAAUGCUUAAAUCUAGAAGACCCCGCCUACCCUACAUAUAACCUGCAAGCGGAAACAGAUUGAAGAAGGUUCAGAGACCCCACCAGUUGUCCUAAUCUAAGUCGUCCUUAUCAUAAGAUUCAUAGUACAUGCAUAAGUUCUACUGGAUCAGCUUCUUUCUUCUAUGACCCCAAAAAAGAAAAAGAAAAAAAAAAAAACUUUUCUCAUUCUUCUACAUUAAGUAAGUCCUACUGAUCUUCUGAGUAGUGGUACAAAAUAAGUGUAUUUAGUGGUAUUCUUGGUAUGUUGAAUUAUUUGGAUAUGAAACAAAUAAAAAAGGCUUUGGGAUAUACUCAAAAAAACAAGAGCUUUCUUGUUGCUAUGGGAGCUCUUGGUGUCACUGGUUUUGGUGCAUAUAAAGCUUAUUACUCACCUUCUAUGGUAAGAAAGAGGAAAAGGUUGUUGAAGCUUUUUGGUUCAGUUGUUUCUUUAGCUGAAAUGGUGUCUGAUUCUGCUGAUACAAUUGGGAUUUUCUCUAAAGACUUAAAGAAGUUUAUACUAUCAAAUUCUGAUCAAAUUCCUAGAAGUUUGAGGCAAAUUUCCAAGAUUCCUAAGUCAGAUGAGUACUCAGAGUCUAUUGUUAAGGUCACUAGCGCUUUGACAAUUGGAAUUCUCAAAGGUUAUCAUCAAGAAACAGAGAGAAUGGACUCUACUUUGUUUGACCAAGUCUUAAAUAAGCUCUUUUCUGAUGCAGGGUGUGGUUUUGCUUCGGUAAUUAUGGGAAGUUUUGUAAGGAAUUUGGUGUUGGCUUUUUAUUCUGUUAAACAAAGUUCAGAUUUUGAGUACUAUUCUGAUGAUCUUUUCCUGGAUAAGUGUAGAGAAUUGAUUGGAAAUUGUGUACAAGUAUUUGUGAGCACUGCUGUUACUGUUUAUCUUGACAAAACAAUGCAUAUCAAUACCUACAAUGAAAUAUUUUCUGGGUUGACAAAUCCCAAGAAUGAAGCUAAAAUGAGAGAAAUGCUAGUGAUCAUAUGUAAUGGUGCAACAGAAACUUUUGUCAAAACUUCUCAUCAAAUUUUGACAAGUACAGAGAUAGAUUCAUCUGAUCUUUCUGUAUCUACUGCUUUAACAGUGCCAAGUAAUAAGAGGUUUGUUCUUGAUUUGACUGGGAGGGUUAUUUUUGAGUCUGUUAGGUCUUUUCUGGAGUUUCUGAUGGAAAAGUUGUGCGAGUGGUUGAGAAGAUAUGUUGAAUUUAUCAAUGAGGAAGUUGUUGAUAGGAGUGUUGAAGCUUAUAGGUGUGUGAGUGGCAAGUCCUCUGUUGUUGUUAGCUUAUGCCUUAGUUUGUGUGUAGACAUAUUGAAUGGUCCUUGGAUUUUGGUUCUGACUUAAGUUUAUCAAUAUGACUACAAUAUUUCAA